AUGUUCAGCAGAAAAUUGGUGCGGGUGACAAGUCGGCUGAACGACGACACCAACCGUCUCCAUCUCUGCUGGAGCUGCAACCGCACGAGCAAUCAUCGUCGUCGAAGACGACAUCUACGCGGCCUGAAGAUCUCCUUAGCCGUUUUGGACCUGCCCCUGGCUCUGCUGCGGAUGCUGGAGAAAGCAGCAGAGGAGGGGGAUUGGGGUUUCUACUGGCGUUCCUGCCGAAAAGCUGGCAGCGGAAGUGGGCUCCGCACCGGCAACAGUCUGACCAGAAUGACGCACACGACACUCGAUCCUGAUCUGGAUCAGGUGGAGCGGGGCAUAGAGGGGCGGCAUCACCUGUAG